AUGGCUGAUAAGCAGCGAUAUCCUUAUGAUCAAGAACAUUGGUGGCGUGACUUUUUGCCUAAUCAAGUACACAGACCAUUCGAUAUCUUAUCUUCUUUACCAAAACAGCAACAGCAACCACAACUAAUAACAACAAAACCAGAGAAGAAGAAGAAAAAGAAGAAGAAGAAGAAAAGUCGCGGCAAUCGAGCCGAACGAAAUUUUCAGCGAAGAUUGCGCAAUCCAAAUUUGGAUGAUGAAACCAGGGCAUUCUUAAUACAAGCAAGAGCAGAAAGAAAACGAGAACAAGGAAAACAGCAAAGUAUUCCUAAUACUACAAUAGAAGUAAACAAAAUUAAUCAUCAAAUCAGCCAAAUGACAGAGGAUACACAAAUAAUGGAGGUUCCAUUCGAUGAGAUCAUUCCUAAGUCUAAUCGAAAGAAACGCAAACGUUAUACAUCAACUAAAAUUGGCAGAUAUCUCAGUCAAUCUUUCAGUCGAUUGUCGAUUUCACAAGAAUGUUCCAAAAAACAGAAGAUUAAAAAUAUUCAAACCAACAAUAUUGCACUACAAAUGAUCGACGAUCGGAAUGAUCAAACAAAAUUAUCAGUUCAAAUGUUCAAGUCUACUUUUGUACCUCAAUAUUUAACAGUAUCCAAUCGGAAAUUUAAAGAUAUAUUAUCAAAAGCAGUCCCUGAUGGCCAUAAAAUUUAUGAAUGGUUAGAUAAUGCUGAAAAGUUAAAAUCUACACGUCAAUUAGCUCAUACCUUUAAUAUGAUGUAUUAUUUUAAAUUACAACAAGAAUUAUGGAAAGAUUAUUUCGAUCUGGGUAUGACUGAGGGUAUUUGGGCUCCACGAAUACUGAAAUCGGCAGCAAAACAACAUUAUACUUGUGUAUCAUAUGGUCGAUCCGAGAAGUUUGUCGAACAACGUCAAAAAACUAUUCAACAUCAAAUAAAUCGAACAAAUCGUGAACUACAACAACAAUUGAUUUAUCUACCAGAAUGGACUGAAAAUGUUCAGCCAUCCAUCGAUUCAAAAUUUCUCUUAACAACUGUUGAAGCAAUGGUUAAACAUGGUCAAUAUCGUUUAAAUACGGAAUUCAAACAUAAACGUACAAUGUUAAAAUUGGAUGCUGAUGAUCAUCGUUUCAUUUCAGCUGUAUAUGCAUUGGAACCGACAAAAGAACAGAUUGUACUGAUCAAAAUGUAUUGGCAAGCUAUAGCUAAUGAACAGAAAGCACUGGAAGAAGUGGAAAUUCUUCGAAAACGAGUGUCAUUAAGACGACUUCCUCAAUCAUUUGAUAAAAUUCUUAAUGAAUCCAUUGCUCCUAUUCAAACAAUGCUUUCACAUGCUAUUCUACAUAAAGAUCGACGUGCUAGUAUGGCAUCACGUUGUUCUAAAACAAUUACACAAUAUAAAUUUGAUUUGAUGGCUAUGACGAUUGCUAUAGCUCAAGAUACAGCUCGUGGUUAUGCUCAAUUGGCAAUUGAUACGAAAAAUAAAUUACACCAACUAGAUAAUAAUUCACUACGAACAGCUACUGAACAACUCAUCCAAGCGACAGAAAUUCGUGGAGAAAAUAUGAAAAAACGCUCCGGCGGUAGACAACGACAAAGGCAACGUAUCCGCCGGAGCAAUCUAAGCAUUUAUACAAAUAUUACUGCCUCAUCACCUUUUAUUGAAACAGAUUUAAAUUUAUCGCCAAUACAAAUGUCUAUAUUUAUCAAAGGUCUUAAAUAUAUUCCACCAUGUCAAAGUCGAUUCUCACGUCAAUCUAUUGAUGAUAUUGUCAAUGAACAAUAUAAAACAUUACGUUCAAUUGUUCAAGGUUGUCUUGAUGAUCAUCGUGUGCAGCUUAUAGAACCACGUCAGAAAGAAGGUUUUCCUUGCUUGAAACGUAUACUCUAUGAACUUCAAUCAAAAAAAUUACCACAUCAACUAAAUUUUCGUGCUCGACGUGAACAAAAAGUAAUACGAAGUAUAAGAAAAAUUUUACGUCAUCGACCUGAUAUUACUGUUCGUCGAACUGACAAGAGCAAAGUAUUUUAUGCAGGUAAUGUGACUAUUUUCAGUGACAAAGCUUCGAAAUAUAUGAUCGAAACCGAAGCUUAUCAAGAGAUUUCCAAUGAACGUUGUAUUUUAUCGGAAAAUCUCCGAUUAGUUACUAUGCUUCUAGCUUCUCUCUUGAAAAAUCGUGCCAUUAAUCAUGAGCAACAUAAGAAAAUGUCUCCAAAAAUAGAUUCAUUAGAAUUGGCUCAUCUUCAUUUUAUUCCGAAACCACAUAAAGUAAGUUUAUUUCUAUUUAUUGCCAUUAGAAAGAUAUAUAUAUAUAUAUAA